AUGGAGGAGAUCGAGCGUAUUGCACGGUUGGAGGAAGCCGCAAAGGAGGAAGAGGAGAGGCAACAAAAGGAGUUAGAGGCAGAAACAGAGAAAAUGGAAAACGAGAGGCGACGGAUUGCGGUAGUGGACCUCGUGGAGGAGCGGCAGGGUUCAGUACAACUGACAGGCCAUGGAGUUUUAGAGACUCAACCGCCAUCGAAAAGGCCACGCAUUGACCAGGCGGGAACGAACUUCGACGCGGAUGAGGGGUCUUUGGGGACAGCUGCGUCAGAUGAAUGUGUCGGUGAAAAUGUGUCGGGAAAUCAGAACGUUCAACCAACGCUGGGGGAGGCGACGGGAGAGGUGGCACCGCGAAGAACGGAUGCGCUACCAGAUGAGCUAGGGAAGCGGUGGGGAGAAACAAGGCAUUUCAGAUCGAGUGGUCUUACCACACGCGAAAAGAAGAACAAGAAGGGGGUAGUGGUGUCCGUGCGCUUCAACUCGGAGCAAACCGUCGGAGGUGUGAAGAGGAACAUGGGGAGCUUCAAGGAGAGGAAUCUGCGCGAUUUCACAGUGGCCGUCUGUUGGAUGACCUACUUCCCCGACACCGACAUGCCACAUUACGGCUUGGAUCCUGCCGAGCUUGGCUUGUGGGCGGUCCACCUCGAUUUUGCUCGUGACCUCCCGACGGGUGUCUGGAGUGUCAUGAACGAAUUGAACCUCGACAAGUUCGAGAACUUCGAAAACGUCAUGAACAAGACACAUGCACGGAUGAAGGACGGCGCGCAUUUCCAGGUGGCCGUUUGCACAGGGAUUGGACAGGCCCAGGUACACGGAGGGAGUGGGCUGGUGUCGCCCCCCGCGAAUGUCACUCCCGCGGUCUAUGCAGCGGGAGUAGCUGCAACCCUCUACACCUUGUGGUGUGCCUCGAUCGGCAUUCCCCACCCGGACUGGGCGGAGGGUGCGGAUGAGGCGGCUCGUGGCACGCUCAACGAGGCAAGCCUUGCGAGUCGAGCAACCUCUACUGCUCGGCUUGGAGUGUGGACUUUAAAAGCCGUGAAGAACCUAACGCACGAGAAGGCGGAGUGGGAAGUGGUACUCACCAAGGCUAUUCUCGGCCUUGUGGAUCCCGAGCCCGGGGAGGCAGAGGCUAUCGAAAUGGCCAAGGUUGUUUCGAGGGUGCUGGUGUACUGGUGCGAGUGCUGUCACGCAAACCAGAAUCUUUACGCGUAUCAGGGUGGGAUGCUCCAUUUUCCCCCGCCCACAAGAGGGGGACGACGGAAGGGGAAUGCGGGAGGCAAAGAGUGA